AUGCUGAAUUCGAUUCUAUGCUUAUCGACAUUGCUGAUAUUCCGAGUCACUGCAGUUAGCAUGCCCGGUCGGUGUUUGGAGCCGCUUCAUCGCGGAAUCGACGAAUGCACAAAUUCGUCGACGAUACGUUACUGGAUGGACGGCAGCACCGAACAUUGUCUCGCGUUCAAUUACACGGGUUGCGGCGGGAAUCGCAACAAUUUCGAGACAUAUCGCCAGUGUCGAAACUGUUUGCCACUGGAUUAUAUUAGCUGCCCAUUGGCUUCGGGCAAAAUUAAAAGCUCCGAUGGUUCGGUGACCUGUGGGAAACGGAAAAGGCGAGGAGCAAGAGAUCCUGAGCCAGAGCAUGUUUGCGAUGGUCCCAACAGCUAUUGUGCUCAAGGCGCAUUUUUCGGAGUUUGCUGCGAUAAAUCGAUCAGAGAAAAAUUAAAUAAUGACUAUGAGCCGACGAUCGACUGCGGGCCGAAUCGCCAAAAAUAUCAAGUGCAAGAAAGAGAUUAUAAUAUAGUGAUCAUGUCAAAACUAAUAAUUCUAUUAUAUUUCGUCGGCUUCUCAUUGUCAAUUGAUUUUCGCGAUGAAUGCACUCUUCCUAUCCAUUUCGGGUUGACAGAUUGCAAUAAUCAAUCGUCGAUUCGGUAUCAUCUGAAUCCUGCAACCGCCGAUUGUCUCGCUUUCAAAUAUUCAGGAUGUGGCGGCAACGCGAACAAUUUUGAAACUCAGGCCGAUUGCCAAAUGAAUUGCAUUCCAAUGGAUUAUUUCAAAUGUCCAGGAGACUCAAAAGUUGUCCCGAAUAAGGAUAAAACAUCUUAUUGUACAGCUGAAAAGGAAUGCGAUGGGCCAAAUUCGUAUUGCAGCAUGGGAGCAUUUAGCGGACUUUGCUGCGAUAAUGCAGCUAGAGAUAAAUCAAAUCAAGAUUAUGCUGAUGAGUGUGGUCCGAAUCAGACAAAAUAUAAGGUCGACAGAGGGGGAUACGAAUCGAUAUUGUUCGGAAAGACAUGCGAUUCCAACUUUUGCCCAGAUGGAUACCAAUGUCAGCAGGGAAAUUAUUAUGCCUACUGCUGCAAAUAG